AUGCCCGAUCUCAACGAAGUCAUCCCAGAUGAAUCGGGGCACUCGAGCAAGCAAAACUUAGCCACAUGCACCAAAUGUGGGCUGGUAAUAGUGGGCCAGUUCGUAAGAGCGUUAGGUGGAACUUUUCAUUUGGAUUGCUUCAAAUGUCAGGAUUGUGGAGAAAUAGUAGCCGCGAAAUUUUUUCCAAUAGACGAACCUGACGGUAAACAGCACCCUCUUUGUGAGCGAGACUAUUUCAGCCGGUUGAAUCUCAUCUGUGCAAAGUGUGGCGGUGCUCUUCGUGGCUCAUAUAUCACAGCCCUUGAAAAGAAAUAUCACAUUGAACAUUUUACCUGUUCGGUUUGCCCAACAGUGUUUGGCCCGCAAGAUUCUUAUUAUGAGCAUGACAGUCAAGUUUAUUGUCAUUAUCAUUAUUCAACAAAAUUUGCCGUGAAAUGUACCGGCUGUCAGACUGCCAUAUUAAAACAAUUUGUCGAGAUUAAUCGUAACAACAUUGAUGAACAUUGGCAUCCAGAAUGUUAUAUGAUUCAUAAGUUUUGGAAUGUAAAAUUAUCAUCGCAUUCUGAUGACAAUCCAAAUAUAAAACAAGAAAGAGAACAUAACACACCAGAUGAACUAAAAAACCUGCAGAAGGUUAUGGAAGAAAAGGUCUACAAUAUAUGGACCGUUCUUUCUGCGUUUGAAGAAUCAUCUGCUUCUUGCAUUUCAGACAUGCUUUUGCAUGUAUCAAAUGGCGCGUAUAUUGAUGGCGUAAAAAUGGCCGAAAAAUUCAUAAUGCACGUGGAAAUUCUAUUUAUUGCUAUUGACGAAUUAGAAUAUCAAUUGACUCAAGCUAAUGGACAAGGACUCCAACAUAAUAGAGAAGCUAAAAUGUUGUGCAAGAAAAUCGUAAACUUCUUUACACUAUUGUCUCACACGCAGGAAACGGGUGUAAGACAAUUGGGAAUUACUCAAGAAUUAUUAUCGUUAGUGACAGGUUUAGCACAUUAUCUGAAAGUGUUGAUUAGAAUUGCGCUGACGGGAGCUCUAAAAUUGGAAAGAGAUUUUAAUAAUACAACGGCAAUUAGUAUAUUCUUGAAUAAAUUAAUUGAACUAGCAAAUAAUGAGAACCGGCAGCAAGAAUCUCAUAUCGACGGUGAAGUGACUUCAGAUCUUUGUCAUUCGUGUAGAAUUACCGUUGAAGAGGAAUGCUUCAAAUUUGGACAUCAUCGUUGGCACAACGGUUGUCUUCGAUGUUCGGGAUGUGGACGUGAAUUAAGUUCAAUUUAUUUAGAGGCGAGAUUUAAUACGAUAACCGAGCUAACAUUCUGUUCAAAUUGUGCUACUGAACCAUCGGCCACCGGAUUUGAACAAGUUACACAACUUGGUCAAUAUACUUACUUAUUACGGGUUGCAUUAUCACGACUUUACAAUUUGCUUCGGCGUAAAGAUGAUCUGAGUUUUUCUGAGUACGAGGCUAAUUGUGGACGCAAGGAUGAUGCUGGACUUAGCCGUAAAGAUUCACGGUCAAAAUCAUAUUCUAGCGGGGACAAUGGAUUCGAAUCAAUAAAUAUGAGCGAUAUAAAACGUAUGAAAUCUGUGCAUAUGGAUAGGAAAUUGUCCACAUCAGCAAGAAUCGCAAAAAGAUCACUUAUCAUAGAACAAGAAUCUGGACCGAAUCUUACUGGUUUUGAUGUAACACGAAAUAAUCUAAUAAGAGCACCUUCACAACGUCAAGUGAAAAUCGUAGACGAUAAGCUAUCCGAGUGUCACGAAGAGGACAAUAUUAGUUUUGAGAAUAACGAAAAUGAACCUAUCACUUUAGGAGAUCUUUCGGCGAUGGCCGCGACCGCACAAGGACGAACCCCCGCGGAGAAAUUGCAACUCAAAAGACAAAAACGAAUGUCAAAGACAAAAAAUUAUCUGUCUGAAUUAUCUCCGAUAGAAUUCUUUAUCGUCAAACACGUUGCAGUUCUUAUAAUGGAUCAAUACUUAAAAGAACAUUAUAACCUUGAAGAGUUACUCGAUCUGAUUGGUUCCAAAAAGGCAACUCUUUGGACUAAAUUUGUCACCACUAUUAAGGCGGCAGAGAAAAAACCCGUGAAAAAGAAAGGUACAUUUGGUGUACCUUUGGAAACACUCGCUGAUAGAUACGGCGUAGAUUCGGUUCUUGGUGCAGGCCCCGGUCGAAUAAAAAUCCCCUCUUUUAUUGAUGAUAGCAUAGCCGCAAUGAAAACAAUGGAUAUGUCUGUUGAGGGUAUUUUCCGUAAAAAUGGGAAUAUUAGACGGUUAAAAGACCUUGUCGACGCGAUUGAUAGAAAUCCCUCAACGGUGAAUUUGUCUGAAGACAAUCCUGUACAAGUUGCUGCUUUAAUGAAAAAAUUCCUUCGUGAUCUCCCUGAUCCAUUGCUCACCUUUAAGCUUCAUAAACUAUUUAUUACCUCUCAAAAACUUGAGGAUGAGGUAGCACGUAAAAAGAUACUUCAUCUUACUUGUUGUCUCAUGCCAAAACAGAAUCGUGAUACUAUGGAAGUAUUAUUCAUAUUCUUAAAAUGGGUGGCAUCAUUUUCACAUGUCGAUGAAGAAACUGGCAGUAAAAUGGACUUGCAUAAUCUUGCGACUGUAAUUACUCCGAAUAUUCUAUAUUCUAAAUCAAAAGAUCCAACAAAAGAUGAUUCAUUUUUGGCUAUAGAAGCUGUACAUAGCCUUUUACGAUAUCAGGAUGAAUUUUGGACGGUCCCGGAGGAUCUAAGUGCUAUUCUUCAAGAUCAAGAUUUAUUUAAUAAUUUAGAGGCUUUAACAACUAAAGACAUUCUAAAAAGAUGUGAAAAAAUUGUUAAAUUGAAAAGAUCGCAUUCAUCUGAAAAUUUACAUCUUGUCGAUAGUGGAGAUGAGCAAACGGGUAGUGUGGCAGAAGGAGGAUACAUAACAAUUACAUCAUCUGACAAUUUUAAUCCGUCUAAUCAGUCGUCUAUAAUUCGAGAUGAAAAUAGUGAAGGCAGCUUAUAUCCUACAUCAACAACGACAUUAGUUAACAGUGAAAGUUCUAUUCCAGUUGAACAACAAGCUUCUUGA